CUCCUGGCCUUUGUCUUGCAGGCUUACGUAGAAAAGCCCAUUGUGAAGAACUAUUUCUACUAUUACCUGUUCCGGUUUUCAGCCGCCUUGGGACAGGAAGUGUUCUACAUCACGUUCCUCCCAUUCACCCACUGGAAUAUCGAUCCUUACUUGUCCAGAAGAUUGGUCAUGAUAUGGGUUUUGGUGAUGUACAUUGGUCAGGUGGCCAAGGACAUCCUGAAGUGGCCCCGGCCCUCGUCCCCUCCCGUUGUGAGACUUGAAAAGAGAGUGGUUGCAGAAUACGGAAUGCCAUCCACCCACGCCAUGGCAGCCACUGCCAUUUCCUUCACCCUCCUCAUCUCUACCAUGGACAGGUACCAGUACCCUUUUGCCUUGGGCCUGACAAUGGCUGUGGUGUUCUCUACAUUGGUGUGUCUCAGCAGACUCUACACUGGGAUGCACACAGUCCUGGAUGUGCUGGGUGGAGUGCUGAUCACUGCCCUCCUCAUUACCCUCACCUGCCCCGCCUGGACCCUCAUCGACUCCCUGGACUCAGCCAGCCCCCUCUUCCCUGUGUGUGUCAUCGUCGUGCCGUUCUUCUUGUGCUACAACUACCCCGUGUCAGACUACUACAGCCCAACCAGGGCGGACACCACCACCAUCGUGGCUGCUGGGGCUGGAGUCACCCUUGGAUUCUGGAUCAACCAUUUCUUCCAGCUGGUGGCCCAGCCCACCCCAUCCUUUCCUGUAAUUCGGAGCAUCCCGGCCCUCACCAGGGACAUGCUGGUUCUGGGUCUGACCAAAUUUACAGUGGGAAUUGUGUUGAUCGUCUUGGUUCGUCAACUCGUACAAAACCUCUCCCUGCAAGUGUUAUUCUCCUGGUUCAAGGUGGUGACGAGGAACAAGGAGGCCAGGCGAAGACUGGAGAUUGAAGUCCCUUACAAGUUUGUCACCUACACGUCUGUUGGCCUCUGUGCCACGACUUUUGUGCCAAUGUUGCACAGGUUUUUGGGGUUGCUCUGAGCCCCAAACAGAUGGAAACUAGUCCAUGAAUGUGGAGAGGCAAAAUGUGAGAAACUGUCUGUUGGGGCAAUCUCAACCGCGCCUGUUUAAGGAUAUCUUAAGUCUUAUUUUUGUUUUGCUGAUGCAACAUAGAUGCCACUGCUGUGGUGCCAGCAGUGAGACUGGUCUAUAAGGACUAGGCUUCCAUUGACCCCGGCCUGAAACCACACCUGAUGUCUGUUGAGCCACCCCUCCCUUUCUGUUACAUGGACUUAGGAGGCCAGUCGUGGGUAGACUGGAAUUGUGGCCUGACUUGGAAUGGCUACAAGCCCUACUGGGCUCUAGAGAACCAACAGACUUCAGGUAAUAUGGAGGCAGAAUACUUCUUUUCAGGUACAACCUUGCCUAAUGCCUAGUCUCAUUCCCCAAACUGCAAUUCGGUGGCACCAUGAAAAAUUGCACUCCUUGGGCAGAGUGACAUCUUGAGCUUUAA